AUGGUGCGAAAGCAGCACAGGGCCCAGGGUGCCUCUGUCUGUUGAUGAAUCAUCUGUGUGGUUUUGCUUCUCUUCGCCUCUGCAGGCAGCGUAUGGAGCCGGAAGCACCAUGUCGGCUCAAAGUGCCUCAUCGCCAUCAGCUCUCCCUGACCCGCAGGUAUAAUGGAUCCACGAGGCGAUACGUCAUUGUUCACUCCAUCCGUCAUCUAUGCGCUGUGCGCUUUGCCGAUCAGCAUCCACCUGAUGGGGGCAGGCCGUCCUAUCGCCUCGUGAGCACCACUGGCCGCCAACUGACCACAGAACAACAACCACCGGUAACUACCUGCUCUCGCCACACAGCUCACAACGCAACACACAAAGAAUGAAUGAGCCAAUCAACCAUGACCUUCUCUGCUGUGCAGGCCCGUUGUCGCCUGUCCGCGGCGGAGCUGUCGUGUGUGUUUGCCAACUGGCAGCCGUGGGAGCUGACUCGGCUGCGGCCGGCCAUCGGGACGUCUCUCUUCCUCCACGCUGCCGCCAACUACACCCACCUGGUCAUCGACUCGACCGCCGAGAGACCGCGCCAGAUGUGGGAGCGGAUGCCACGGCCCAUCGCACACAAGUGGGGGGAGCGGAGUCUCAACCUGCGGCAUGUGGGCCACCGCCAUCCCGAUCAUCGAGAGGAGUGGCUCCUGGAGAAGGUGGUGGCCGUCAUAGAAAGCCACGCCGAGGGCAGAGCGGCAUACGAGAUGAAGACGGAGGAGGACAAGCGGCGUCAGAGGGGGAUGGUGGCAGGUCGUCCUCGUGACUGGGAGCCACAGGGCAGCCUGGAGACGAUCAGCUGGGAGGGAGACGGUCGUGACUACUUUUAUUUUGACCACUUGGCCCCUUUCGACUUCGCCCCUCGCUGCGCCCCUUCCCCCGUGCACCUGCCGGCUCUCAAGUCAAUCCGGGGGCUCGUCCCUGCCCACCGCGUUUUGGCUACGAGGGACUGGCGGACAUCUGCACUGGAGCAUCUGUCUGGCAGCGCCUCCAGAGCCUCAUGGGAAUCCACCCGCCAUCAGCCGUUGACAUACGUCGACGUGCUAGUCCACUUCAUCCUUUCAGCCACCCGCCUCAAGGAGCUCUCAGUGGAUGACAUGUCGGCGGUCAACUUCCAGCAGCUCGUCCAGGCCGCCAAGGCCGCCGCAACGGCAGCCGGGCGACACGAGGGCCGCGAGGGCCCACUCGCGGGUCUCGAGAGCAUCGGCAUCGAUUUGUUGCAGCAACCGAGCAGCGCAGAGAACACUCUCGAGCUGCUGCAGGUACGAGAGGGAAUGGAGAGAGAGAGAGAGAGAGAGAGCGAUGUGCUUCCCUGGGCACAGAGGGAAUUCGUCCAUUGCCUCCUCUGCAUGCUUCAGGCUGCCGUGGAUGAGUGUGGGUGCCGUCCGCUGAAGGCCAUCAGCUUCCGUCUCACCUCUUCGUUCGUCGAUGCCAUGAGUGUGCAGGCCAUGGGCGUGCUCGAGCGCUUCAUCAGAGGCUCGCGCCUUGCGGCCCCUGACGCAGCCAUCACACUCAAGAAGGACAGGGAGCGAUACAGCCGCUUCGACCUCUACCUGCUUCGUGCUGAUCCCUCCGCCUGCCCCUCCCCCUUUGUCAAGGACAAGCUGAUCGAGAUGUCCAAGCUCGCCACAGAGGUCGUCUGGGACCCUCGCUGCAGAGCGGCCAUCAGCGACGGCAUGAGGGAUGUUGCAGGCCAGCUCGCCUUCGAGCAGGCAACGCGGCUGUACAUCAUCCCUGACGUGGCGUCGUGUCCUGUCGGACCUGUCUUCCCCCCAAGCCAUUUGCCGCCGAUGUCAGGGCCACCCGCAAGCACCUCGGUCCUGGAGGCCUUGUCGGCCAAGGGUUUGCCUGACGAGCUGCGGGUGCAGGGCAUUCGGGAGGCAGAUGCGAUCGCACUCCUAAGGGCCAUUGGCAGGGAGGGCCACCUCAAGCGCCUUCACAUGGAGCUGCAUGAGGCCGAUGGAUUCCAGCGGUGGGCCCAGCAAGCGGCCGACCUUCCACAAGUAGAAUCUGCACACAUCGCCAUCAAGGGUGAGGGGGAGAGACGGGGGAGGCAGAGGGCAUGGGUCACCUGUGUGUGUGUGUUGUGCAUCCAUACGCAUGCAGGACCUUUCGUCGCCGGCAUGGUAGAGUCCCUUGUGCAGCUGCGUGGGCUCGAAGAGCUGGAGCUCCGCGCCAUCAAGUGCGGCAACGUGGUUUGCCCCAUCCACGCCAACGGCUUCCACAUCUUUCAGGAGGACGACGGUCGGAGUGGAGGCAAUGUGACAGUGACGGCCAUCAGGGCGUCAUCCAUCCGGGGCCAGCUACCCGGCGUGAGUCGUGUGCACGAGCGCGCUGCGACGUGGCUGCUGCUACAGGGCAGCAGGCUCUAUGCUGACCGGCCGGUGUUGGCCAAGUGGCGUCCGGUAUCGGUGCCGGGCGCCGUGGCCCGCUUCACCACUCACACACACAAAAAAGACUUCUACUUCGAAGGUGAGUGAGAAAGCGCAUGGUUGGGUAGCCAGCCGCUUCGUCAUUUAUCGUUUGCUGGUUCAGUGUCUGACCCGUGCAGGUCGCUCGACUUCGCCUAUGCGAGCCUCGUGUCCCUGCUCAACCUCCCACUCAACGAGCUGACCAUCAGCUAUGACUUCCCCAGCACAUCGAUUGCAGCCGCCUUCAAGCAGAUGGUCGAGUGCCGCUGCCCCUCGAGCAUUCUGAUGGGCUUCUGCAUCGAGGCGGAGCCAUGGGAGGCUGUGUGGGGGCGAACCACGACAGAGGCGCAGCUAUCGCUGACUAUGCGCAGGCUCGACCUCGACCUGCGCAACAUCUCAGAGGCGGCGGGGAUGGCCGCACUGGUAUCGCUGGGCAGCGACAAGAAGCUCAAGGCGGUGCACAUGGAGCUGACGGGGGUGGGGCAGGAGGGACUGCAGUGGGGCCAGAGUGCGGAGCGCCUGCCGGCCGUCGAAUACAUGAUUAUCAAACUGGAUGGUGGGCCAGUGAAGGGCAGAUCACACGGACAGACAGACAGACAGAGAGACACUGUGCCUCUCUCUAUCUGCCUCUGUGUGUGUGUGACUCAUCAGUGUGUCGUGCCCGCCCGACCGUCACAUCUCUGCUGCAGCUGCGAGGCCUGCGAGAGCUGCACGUGUACGUCCAGCGCAACGAGUGUGUCCAGAGGGCCAUGACCUAGCACAACGUCCACAGCAGCACCAUCACUCAGCGGCACGGCAACGGCGACGUCGUGUGGUUUCGCCUCGAGUGGGCCGUGGAGGACGGCAUGGUCAAAGUGAAGGCCAAGAGAGCGGCACAAGAGGUAUGUAAGUGUCAGGGAGGAGGGAGGAAGGGAGGGAGAGAGGGAGGAAUGGCUGUUUAUGGGGCUCCGUGUUGUUUGUGGUUGUCUGUCCGUCAGGUUAGCAGCUGACGCGGAUGGAUGGACGGAUAAUCUCGCCGCAGCAAGUAUCGGGAGACAGACCGGCCGACCGAGCGACUGGUUUUUCGUUCUGCCUGUUCAUAUCGGUGAUGCACAUAGCUUGUCGAUGGAUACCGGACUGACUGAUUAACGUAUGAGGAGACUUUUCGUAUUCUAA